CUUCAGAGGGUAGUUCUCUCAUCGUUCAUCUUAAUGGCUCCAUCCAAAUCCCGUAUCACAAGGCAGUAAUCUCCACAAAUCUCUUCUCAGUAAAACCUCAAUGGAAUCAAAAGCUCCUUCUUUACAAAACCCUAAUACUGAUGCUACGAAAACAACGAAAGAGAGGGAUUUCCUGAAUCAUCUCGAAGUCUACCUCGCCAAGAGAGAUGGAGUCGAUAAACUCCUCAAGAUCUGCCGAUAUACUUCCAAGAUCGUCCUUGCUUCAUCAGUCCUCCCUGAAACACUCCCUCUGCAUCGUCGUCUCAAAAGCUUCGAAUCGAGCGUUGGCGUUAGUCGUAAGGCCUUUCGAUUAGGUAAAUUCGUUCAGGAUUUGAACGCUUUGAGGAACGCCAGUGUCGAUUCCGACCAAGAGUUAUUCCUUACCGUACUCGCUUAUGGCGGCGAGGGUCUGUAUUACUUCGUCGAGCAGAUCGUUUGGUUGGCCAAAGCUGGUCUCAUCGACAGUAAGCACUCGUCAAGUCUACAGAAAAUUAGCGCUUGGGCGGAGUUUAUAGGGUAUUUCGGUAGUAUUGCCUUGAAAAUUGGAGAUUUGAAGAAGAUUGCUGAGGAGGAAGCUCGGGUGAAGUCAAGGAUUGAGAUUGCGAUGUUGAGGGGUGAUGGGUACAACAAGGAAGCCUUGGAGAUCCGUAAAUUGGAGCUUAAGAGAUUGAUGAAGAAGCUCUCGAUUGUUCAAGAUUUCGCUGAUGGAUUGAUGGCUUUUGCUGAUAUACGGGACGGAAAAGGGUUGAUUUCGAGUCCACUUCUCUUAGCAUCUGCAGGGCUUCUCUCAGCUCUCAUUAGUACUCAUAAGAAUUGGUUGUCUUGUUAAACUGGGUCUCAAUUUGCCGCUUGAGACACAAUCAUGACUGGUAAUUCGUUAUUUUUGUUUUCUAUUUUCAAUCUCACCAUUUGUUAGUGAGUUGGAAAGAGUGAAAACAAUUCA